UGUGGCGGUUCUGUGGCGAUACCAGGCGGUACUUUGUGUUUGUGCGUGCACGUUGGUGCGCGAGUGACAAGCUUUUUUAUUUUCUUUUUCUAAAAUUCAAAUACGAGUGGCGUGCGCGAGAUUGUGCUACUUGUGGCCUGUUUCGCGCGAACGGGCUACUUGUAUCGUGUCGGUGACCACUGACCAGUACAAAGAUGUGAAGAACUAACCGGUGCCGGGAUUACGAACUUUGUGUGCAGGGAAAAGGCCUAGCUACUCGCGUCUGCGUUUGGUUGCUAGAGAUUUCAAACAAAUGAACUGUGCGCUGUGACAGAACAGCUACUUGUGCAGCAUCGGUGAGUUCCGCACGGGAGCUUCAGUUUCCGAGGCAGCGAUCGGUGACAGCAUUUUUAUGACAACAUGGAUGUAGAAAUGUGUGAAUCGUCAACUGCCAAUGGUGAAUUAAUCGGUGAAUGUUCCAAGGAUGGGACAAUCAAGCAGCCGGAGGACAACGAAGAAACUAAAGCAGAUGACUCGGGCUCCUUGGAUGAGACGACGUUGAAAAACAGCAGCAUGACAAAUGGCCGUCUUGAUGCAGGUGCAACUGAGGAAGACGAUGCUGUGAAGUCUGUAAAUGGCACAAGUGAGAGCGGCACCGUAGAUGAAGGGAGGAUGGUAGAAAAGCCUUCCUCCGAAGGCGAUGUUAGUAUGAUGGAGAGCAGCUCUAAGGGUAACAGUGAUGCGUUGGAGUGUGGAGACAGCCAGCAGGAUUCGAUUAUAGACGAGGAAAGAACCGAGCCUUCAGAGCUUAGUGAAGACUUCCAGCUUCCCGACUGCAGAGGGUCAGACUCAAUGAAGAGUAAGGAAACAAACUCAGAAGACUCAACAUCGUCAUCUACUCCACGUAGGACUUUGAAAAAGAAGUCCAAGAAAAUUUCCAAGUUAUCUAUUAUGCAUGCCAUAGCUGAAAGACUGUCAGGGCAGGCAAAAGGAGAUGUGAAAGGUGCUACCAAAACGGAACCCAAAGGUGAUGGGGAAUCAAAUGCAAGUGACAUUACAUCUGAGGCAAUGGAUGAGAGAUUACAGCAAGACUCUAAAGAUUCUUCUGAAGCUGAUCAAAAGCCAGCAAGCCCUGCCAGAGAAAGUGGCUCUUCAAAAAAAUCUGGCAACACCUGUGCAGUUUGUUCGGUUGUAAAAGGCCUUCGCUACCAAGUGCUCUACCAGGGCAAGACACAGUUUCUUUGCUCGGAUGUUUGCUUCAAGGCUUUUCGAAGCAAACAGAAGCUGGCCCCAAAAAAGCCUGCAGAGCGGGACCGCUGCGCUGUAUGCCAGAAGGAACAUGCUGACGGAGUGGGCUAUUACUCCUCUUUUGGGCCAUGCAUACCACUGUGUUCUCCCAAUUGCCUGGACAAGCACCAAAAGUUGCUGCGUCCCAAGAGGAUAUGCGUCCAGUGCCACCAGUGUGUGGAGGCUACCGAGCAGAAGCCAACGUUCCUUGUCUGGGAAACCAUGGAGUUUUGUGCCGAGGAGUGCCUGCGCAAGUACCAGAGCGCCAACGGCUCCCACUGCUCCCACUGCCACUCCAGUGUCAACCAGCUGUCGCUGGGGAAGUACUGCGUGCGCUUCGGUGCCGACAUCCGGCAAUUUUGCUCGGGCAAGUGUCUUGAGGAAUUCAAGAGGGGCCUCAAGGUGUGCUGCCUGUGCCAGAAGGACCUGACUAAACAGGUGGAAGGCUUUCUGGCACCAGUGGGAGACAAAGGUCACUUCAAGGACUUCUGCAGUCAGGAAUGCCUUGAACGGUAUGAGCGCAUGAACGCAUUCAAUGCGGGCAACCUAGUGGCCCACAAGUGCUCUGCCUGCAACGCCGAGUCGACCACCAAGUACCAGGUUGACUUCAAUGACGCAUCUCAUCGCCUGUGCAGCGACACGUGUGUGUCGAAAUUUCGUUAUGCAAAAAAAAUAAAGAUGGUCGUUUGUGAAAACUGCCACAAGUUGUACGACAAUGCAGCCGACAAAUGCAGUUCUCUCUACUAUGACAACGUCUGCCUGCAGUUCUGCACCAAGGCCUGUGUGAACCUGUUUGUGCUGUCUCACCGGAAAAUAGUGCCCUGUGCCUGGUGCAAGGUGAAGAAAUAUAACUUUGACAUGAUCGAGCGCGUGGAAUCAGCAGCGACCAGUCACCUUUUCUGCUCACUGAACUGUGUGAAUCUGUUUCGUGUGAACCAGAAUGCAUCAUCAGCACGGAUCAUUCGCUGUGACUUUUGCUUCAAGAGUAUGCCUGCUCAGUACCACCUCACCAUGAGUGAUGCUUCCAUACGCAACUUUUGCUCCUAUAAGUGUGUAAUCACAUUCCAGAACCAGUUCAAAAACUUGCCUCUACUCACCACUUCAUCUCCCACUGUUCCGCCUACAGCUGCCAAAGGCCAGGUCGCUGCGGAGGCGAGUGGCACGCCUGUGAUCACCAACAUACGCUCACUGGCCCCAACAACGGUUGUGCCCACAUCCAUGCAGUCGGCAUCUGAAAUGAGCACUUCGUCGCCCAAUGUGGUGCGAACACCGCCCACCCUCACGGCCAUGCCAAAGGUGUUGAAUGCUACAGUGCUUACCCCAUCAAACAGCACCAUGGAUGCUGCGCCCAAAGUCGUCACACGAGCACCAAGCAUUGCUGUUUCAAGCACAGCAACUGCCGUGAGUUUGCCAGUUGGCACGACAUCCAACACCCUUGCCUUGGCCGCUCCCUCAGCCAAGGAUGCUACCACUGUGGCAGCCGGCAAGUCUGAAAGGGAGGUGAUAAUCCAGCUGCCCUUUCCCAAACUGCUUCGGAAUAAAGCGGUGUUGUGUCGACCUCAGAUGGUCACCAAGGCUGCAUUCUGCCGACCUGUGCCCUGCCACAAGGAAACACAGUCGGACAUGCAAACAGGCUCGGAGGGCGGUCCAGUACGGCUCAUACCAGUUCCUGUGCCAAUCUAUGUUCCAACACCCAUGCACAUGUUCUCCCAUGCUGUACCGACUCCACUGCCCAUUCCCAUUCCAGUGCCUGUGCCUAUUUUCCUGCCUACAACAAAGGACACCUCAGAACAGAUCAUGGAAACUCUAAAGGAGCUUAGGGAGAACAUGAAGAAUGACAAGUUUGACGAAGUCCUGCUUGCUAUUGCGCAGUCCAUGGCAGAAUCGUCAAGGAAAGCACCUCCUGAAACCAAAGCUUCAGAUGAACCCACUCGUACAAAGUGUGAGAAAAGGGCUGCAUCCGAAGAAGCAGAUGCCCAUUUAUCGAGCAAAAAGAUACGGACAUCGGAGGAUCAGAUGGAGACUCCUGAAGAAAGCCCAGCAACACAAGAGGCAGUGAGAACCCACGAAUCAUUGGAUCCAGCUGGGGCUGUGAAUGCCUGGCAGGAGUGGGUGCAGACGAAAAAUGCAGAGCUCGAGAAAAGUUCCCUCUCAGGCAAGCGGCAGCUGAAGCUGUUCAAGACAAACUUGAUGAGCAUGACUCCUGAAGAGCUUAAUUACGCCCUCUGCCUUUUCAUCAAGGAAGUGAGGCAGUGUGAUGGCACGGCUCCCUCUCCAUGUCGCAUCUACCUCCUGUGCCUUGGAAUUCAACAGUACCUACAUGAGCAAGGGCGCCAGGAUAACAUCUUUGCUGAUCCUCAGUAUGAAAUGUUCAUUGGCUGCUUUCACAGCAUUUUUAGCCAAGCUCAUGACACCAGCAGCGAGUCCCAGGAGCACAUUCGUGAGGAAGUUUUGUGGCAGGCCAGGCAGCUCGGAGACCACUCGCCAGCAGUGCUGCUCAACACACUUAUGUACUUCAAUGUCAAGUAUUUCCAGCUGCACACGGUUGACCAGCACCUUCAGCUGACCCUGGCAGAUGUCACUGAACUGGAGCAGGAGAGCGUUGAGGGAGGCCAGCCCAUCAAAAUACUCAGGUCCACAGCGGCAUCUUGCCAAGAACAAGGGAGCAAAAAGGUGUGUUGUGAUCAACCACAGAAUCUGGAGAAUCCACUCAGAUGUCCAGUAAAGCUGUAUCAACUUUAUCUCUCGAAAUGUCCAGACAAUGUCAAGUCUCAGCAGGGGGCAUACUACAUGUUGCCAGACCGAAUGUGCAACUAUGAAGCUGCUGUCUGGUAUUCCAGCAGCCCCCUGGGAAAGGAUACCAUAUCACGUAUGCUGACAAGGUUCAGUGUUGUUGAAGAAGUGAAAGACAUCUCAAGCAAACUAUUCUGUCCAGCCUGAUAAGUUUCAUCCGAGCAACAUAGCUUUGGACAUGGAUUCAUCUUUCUUUUUGUUUCAGUUUCUAUAUUCAAACUUUCCCCAUCCCUGUGUCCUUCACUGUGUUUCUCAUAGAUUGUUGUCAUGCUGUUCAUAUGGAAAUUGCAGUCAUCUCCGCAGUCAUCUCUGUGGUGUCAUAGGUGCAACAACAUAGCACACCUGAACUAUUACUAAUGAUGUGCAACACGAGACAGUAGUGUUGUACACAGUAGACAUUUAUUCAUAAAAGUUUGUUCUGUUGCAACAAUAUCAUCUGUUGCUUGCUGCAUGUCUGCUGUGGUUCAUUUUUGUGAUCUGCUGCCAACCAUAACCUCCUACUGUUGAUUAAAUUUCUCAUUGAAAAUGGCAACAAUAGUAUCUGGUUUUUGUUAACAUCUUGAUCAAGUGACAGCAGGCUUUGUAAAUAUUCUUUGUAUGUUGGCUUCAAAACUGCAAUGAAAAGCUCAAACUUAGGUGUGGCCCUUAUUCUGAUGACGUAGAAUGUUAUCGUCGAAAUAUUUCACGCUUCUAUUGCUGCUUAUAUAAAAAUAUUGUAGAUGCUGCUGCUCGCUCAGGCGUUUAGAGCACCUGGCUCCAUUAUAUCAGUGUUACUUUACUUGAACUCCUUUAUAUAAUGAUGGCUAGUCGGCGCAUUAACAUUGCAACUACAUAGAAUGUAACCAGAAAUGCUAUUUUGGUGAGAAUGUAAACUUUUACAACACAAUUUUUCAAUCUUAUUUUACAAUUAGAUUGACCUAAAGCCUCUACAUGAAAUUUCUGCUGACCAGUGUCAUUUGUGUUCUUUCUUGCGUUUGCUGUGCAGAAUGGAAAUGCUGAAAUAUUCUUCCAUACAUAGAGAAAGUGCUCUGGGCGUGGGUCGUUUUGCUUCUUGCUAAUCUGCCCUGUUGGACUGGAGCAGAAUUAUUUCUAUUUGUCAGUGCAAUCUGAUGACUUCUUGAAGAGUCAUGUGUCAACUCAGUGUGCUGUGUUGAUGAAUUUCUAUACCGAGUGUUUGCAACUGAUUUUUUGUAUGCUGGACUGCGACAUGGCUGCGCUGCGCACUAGUGCUAGGGUGUCAGCAUUGCCAUGACUGUAGUUAUGAAAUCGGAAAAUGCCCGGGCACGACAACCCUCUAUCAGGCCUCGGCAGUCAAUGUUGUCGAUGCCACACCACAUUCAGUUUACAAGUGUCAGUUAGCUGACACAUGAAGAAAAAUGCACAACAGAAGAUAUUGAAACCAAAUUCUGGAAUUGAAAGUACUCAGUCCAUGAUUAAGAUGAAGAAUAGAAGAAGGCUAUUCUCCA